GCGCAGCCUCGGUGGUCAGUUUCAGCUGCAAAGGACGAAGGAAAUGGACGCGAGUGUGGGAUCAGGAGUCAACUGAGGAUUUAUAACCGGGGACUGAAUGCAGCAGUGGAGUCACUCGGCGUUUCCAUCUUUUAGUUUUGUUUUAGCCCUAGUGUCCUAUCGAAGGCGCCGAUAUGUUUGUUUGGACUUUGCUGGCGGUCUCAGCCGCGCUGCGAGCAGCACAGUCCUACAAACCUGUCAUUGUGGUGCACGGUUUGUUUGAUAGCCCAGGGGAUUUCAAAAUGAUGCAAAGUUUCAUCAACGAGACACAUCCAGGCACCAAUGUGACUGUCAUUGACCUGUUUGAUCACACACAGAGCCUGAAGUCAAUGUGGAGUCAGGUGGAUGGAUUCAAAGACGCCAUUUAUCCCAUCAUGCAAAAUGCAGCAGACGGUGUUCACAUGAUAUGUUACUCACAAGGUGGCCUAGUCUGUCGCGGUAUCCUUGCCACUUUGCCAGACCACAAUGUGGACACGUUGAUAUCCCUGUCCUCUCCUCAGCUUGGUCAGUACGGAGAUACUGAUUAUCUGAAAUGGCUUUUUCCACAUUAUGUAAAGUCCAAUCUCUACCACUUCUGUUACACUCAACUCGGACAGUGCGUCUCCAUCUGUAAUUACUGGAAUGACCCUCACCAUCAUGACCUUUACCUCAAUACCAGUGAUUUCCUGGCUUUCCUGAACAAUGAGAGGGAGAACCCUAAUGCCACAGAAUGGAAGAAAAAUUUUCUGAAGAUCAAGAAACUUGUUCUGAUUGGUGGACCAGAUGAUGGAGUCAUAACCCCGUGGCAGUCGAGUCAUUUUGGAUUUUACAAUGAGAACGAGACGGUGGUGGAUAUGAGAGAGCAGCUGGUUUACAUCAAGGAUACGUUUGGUCUGAAAAGCCUGGAUGCCAGGGGGGCCGUUAACACUUUUAUAGUUAACAAUGUGCAUCACACCAAGUGGCACUCCAAUCGAACCGUGUUUGACAACUGCAUUGUCAAAUGGCUCACGUAAAAAUAAAUACGCUGGACAUCCAUGUAGUCAGGGGUGGGCGAACUGUGAACUCGGUGCAUACAACAAACCAAACUGAAUGCCACAAAGAAGUGCCCUCUGCAGAUGGUGAGGGAGAGAUUCCAGACCUGGAAGCUUUUCUGGGGGUCCCCAGUGUAAAUGCAAUGACAAUCGACACUGGAGGCUGAUCUCAGAGGCUGGAUCUCAUCAGGUAGCACCAGUGCCUGUUUUAACUGCCUCAGUGUGUGACCGAUGGGGAGGGGAGGGGAACAGUGCCAUCCACUGAUGAAAUCCAAUCCAGGGAGGAAGAAUUCCCACUUUCAGGCUGAGAAUUGGCAAAGAGUUUAUAAGUUUAUUUGUUUCCACCUCUGGCUUUUUCCUCUCCCCACCCUCCACUCCUAUUCCCCACCGAGAGGUGAAGCCAGUAGGGAACCUUCUCCGAUGCUGCUUUCUAAGGAGAUGCUAACCAUGUGGCUUGAAUCUUUACAAACCAGUUUUCAAAUUGAUUUUAAAUGCGAGAAUAAUGCUCGAUGACUACCUCAGGUAUUCUGCUCAUUGACCCUUAAACAAACACUAACUAAAUGGAGUGGACAGGUUGAGAAGAGGCAGAUAGGUCACUGCAAGCUGAUAUUGACUUGUGUAAAUCCUAUAACUACAUGUGAAAGAUGGCACUCAGACUGUGAAUUAAUCUGCAACCCACCCAGUCAUUUAUUGUAAAUGUAGACUCUGCUGCCUCCUUCUCAAUGCCUCCUGGACAGGUUAAUAAUACCAUUGCAGAAUUCUGCUGUGGGAUUCAGUGGAUGAAUUUGACCCCUCAAUAUUUUCUGUUUGAUUUCCCCCCCUCAACACCCCAACAAAGUUCCAUAUCUGACCAGUUCAUUCUGGUUUGCCCCUGUUCAGAGUUCGCUUCUCCUUUAGUAACGCGGGCAUCUAAUCAUUUAAAGGGAAAUGUAAAUGUUUUUGAAGGGAAGAGAAGUUUUUUCUACAUCUAAACUUUUAAAAUCAUAUUUCAAAGGAAUAGUUUUGAAUGAAUGAACUGGGUUUUUAAGCGUCACAUAUUUGAGAUUUUUGUCUUUUAUAUAAAAUUGUGAAAGGAUAUUAAAGCAGGUAAACAGUGGAUUAUGAGCAAUUAGCGCAUGCCUCAUGAAUACCAGGACACCCAAUAUAGGCGAUGGGGGUAAAAUGAGUUAGAGGAAUUGAAGGGAUUGGGAUUGAAGUGAGCUGCUUUUUCCGGUGGUACCGCUUUCCCCCAGAAGGUGGUGCUUUUGCACCGUAUGAAACCCGCGGCGCGACACUGCCACUUACUGUCCAGAAGCGGUAUUGCAGGAGGUCAUUUCCAUUCUCACCCAUCAUUUUAAAUUGUGUUGAAAGGCUAAUGCGUGGACUAUAUAUCAGUUUUAGAAAAUAUUGUUUGAGUCUGUAAGAACUGUUUUACAACUUGUUGACACUGUCGACCUCAAAUCUCUUCUGUGUAUUGAUCAAUAUGUUUGGUGUGGGAAUUAUUGCCUAAAUCUGGGCAACCAGUGGUUAAGUUUUUUCCCUCUAUUGAUUUUGUUCUCAAUCUUGGGUUCUCGCCUUCAGAGCUCUCUUUGAUCAUUCAUUUUAGACGCCCUGUAGCGCAAGGGCUUUCAGCAAAAAACUGCACAGAUUGCAUUCUUAACAUUUGGCUGCUGGGCCCAUGUAAGUGACCUCUGUGAGGGUGAGGAAGAAAUGGUGGUGCAAGAGAUGGCAGCAAGCGGAUGGAGAGAAGAGUGAGCAGUGUUACUGUAUUGAAUUGCUGCACUAGUCUCUCCACCAAUGUUUACAUUUUCUAAGCUGAUGUAGUUGGAAAGAGGAAAUGAAGGGACUGGACAGCUGAAAUAAACACAAAAAGCUGGAAAUGCACUGCAGAUCCAUCAGGAAGGAGGGUGUCAUAUACAUCUACAUUAAAUCAGCUAUUUCUCUUUUCAGAUGAACUUUUAUUUUUUUCUAAUCUUAAAUAUAGUUUGAAUGACGAGCUUUGUUAAACUGAAUGUUUGUAGAUACUGCAGAGAUGAGUUGAGUUUUAACUGGGAAUGUGUGAGAAGAAGGCUGAAGAUCGUGUUUGUUUUAGCUAUGUACAAAUCUCACUGACUUCAGUAGAUCUUUCUGCAGAAUUGCAUUCAGUAGAAUUUUAGUUUUAAUCUUUAAUCUGAUGCCAAAUUUCAUUUUUAAGCCCAGCACCAAGAUCUUGGGUCGCUGGGAAUUCUCAGAAGAGCGCCUUGGCGUUACUGCAGCAACAUGUCAGGAUAUCAAGUGAGGUCAUCAAUCUGAAACGUUGACUGUUUCUCUAUCUACGGACUAGCUUACUGAGUAUUUCCCGCAUUUUUUUGUUUUCAUUGCAAACUCAUCUGCUCGAUUUAGUUUUUAUACAGGAACAGGAGGGGGCCAUUCAGCUUAUUCCUCCAUUCAAUGAGGUCACAUCUGAUUGGUGCCUCGGCUCCAUUUAGCCUCCUUUUAAGUUGGUGGAUGUUCAGAUCGUGAUGCACUUUGGUGACAUUGCAGUUGAUUUGCCAUGCAUCUUUGGUUAACUUACCCCAGCCAGCUGCUGUGAACUUCGGUUUGCUAUCUGAACAGCACCUUUACCCAUUUAUUUCAAACUGCCAAUGUCUCCAUGUGAACAGUGUAUAGAGGAGUUUGAUGAGCGUUGUGCACACAUACAAUGAUACCCUCAGUGUAUGAUCACUAAUUCGUUUACAUAUACAUAACUCUGUGUUUACAGGUCUUUUGACAAAAGCUAGUUCUUGUGGAAGAGAGAAACAACCUGGGGGGAGUUUUACUUCCGGACACACUUGAACAUGGGGCGGAGCAGUAGUUUAGUUUGCAAGACUGUAGGGGGAGGGGGAGUGUCAAACGUGCAAUAUACAAUAUUGUGCAUUUAGUGUUACUAUGCACUUUACAAUUACUCACAUCAUUUGGACUCGCUGGUUACUCUGUUUCCAGUGUUUCGACAGCAUUUUAACUCUUAAUUUUCUUUUGCGUUUCGAACCUAUCAUUAAUUAAAAUAAAAGUAAAAUACUGCGGAUGCUGGAAAUCUGAAACAAAUCCAGCAUUUUCUGUUUUUGUUGUGACCGGUGAAUUAAUUUUCUCUGAGCUACCUGGGUGUAGAUUUUAUUUCACUGGUGACUGCACACCCUGUGUGGGAUCCGCCCUUUGUAAUAUCUGUGCUCCCUCCAUCCGUAACCUUUGGGCACUAGGAAUGUUUAGAGUAUUCACCUUGUUUUGUAGAAUGGAAGGUAAAUGAGACAUGUCCAGCACCGACAGCUGCUAUUGUCCCAGAAACAAAGCUCCUACAGGUUUGCUGACAGUUUUAGCCCAUUCCAUCAGUACUGUUUGUUGAGCGGUAUCGCUGAUCCUGAUCUUAGCUUCUGAUCACUUUUGACUGUAGUUGUGUUUUAUUCUGGUUGAACAGCAACCCGGGUUUCUCAUUGAAGCUUAGAAUAUUGAUUCGUACAUAUUGUUGACCUCGGAAAGCAUAACUGGUGUCUGCUGCAAUUGACAACUUAUUCCAAUGUGACAUCUGUCAGUUGAUGCUUGGGGGGUGGAGUUGAGGGUUUGUUUAAAAUGAAGGCUGGACACUCCAUUUUAAACUGAAACCUGGAUUUUCAUCUUCAACAUCCAGGUGGAAGAACCUCACCCACCUGCGAACAGCCAUUGGAAAUGUGAGCAUAUCUGCCUCUGAUUUUUUUCAGCAUUGUUACCAUGUGCCUGACAUGCUGGCCUGUCACUUUACCUGUCCGAAACCAUGGCUGACAACCUGCUUAUCAGGUGCCUGUAAUACAACCUCCUGUCAAAGCUCUUGGGAAUAUUCAACCUCCCCCCACCACCACCACCACCCCCCCCCCCCCCCCCCUCCUGUAGAAACUAGGAACAAGAUAAAUAUCUUCACAUACAAUUUGGUAAAACGUUUUCUGGUUAUGAAGCUGCCACAUGUAAAUGAGAAAUAAUUCUCGAAUAUGUAAUUUUCAGAUCCAUUGAUAUUCAAUAAAAAGAUGACAAUGCAA